GCUCUGGCGAGCGUCUUGUUUGUGAAAAAACUCGAGUUGCCGCCGGGUUCCCUCCUCGAGGAGGAAGGCGCUAGGGCCCGGGGGUGAGGCGAUGGCUUUGUUGUGUGACCACAGAGGCGGGUUACGUACUAAUUUCCUCUCCGGCUGGUGAUGAAGUCAGUAAACCACAGCCUUCAACACGCUCCGCCGGGGCCGCACAGCGGCUUCCCGCCCGGCCCGGCCAUGACUCCCGCCGGCCAUGCCCUCCCCUGACCCAGCGGCGCCGGCUCUCCGCCUGCAGCAUGGACCAGAGGGAGAUCCUGCAGGGCUUCCUGGAGGAGGCCCGGAGCAAGAAAACUCACAAGGAGGAGUUUGCCAGCGAGUUUCUGAAGCUGAAAAGACUCGCCAUCAAGUACAAGACAGACAAAACCUAUCCCUCAACGGUGGCUGAGAGGCCCAGGAACAUAAAGAAGAACAGAUACAAGGAUAUCUUGCCCUAUGAUCAUAGCCGAGUAGAGCUGUCCUUGACAACCUCUGAUGAAGAUUCCAAUUACAUCAAUGCCAAUUUCAUUAAGGGAGUUUAUGGACCCCAGGCUUACAUCGCCACUCAGGGACCUUUGCCCACCACUCUCCUGGAUUUCUGGAGGAUGAUUUGGGAAUACGGUGUCUUGAUCGUUGUUAUGGCCUGCAUGGAGAUCGAAAUGGGAAAGAAAAAGUGUGAGCGCUACUGGGCGGAGCCGGGAGACAGGCAGCUGCAGUUCGGCCCUUUCUGCGUCUCCUGUGAAGCUGAAAAUAGAAAAUCUGAUUACACGAUCAGGACUCUGAAAGUCAAAUUCAACAGUGAAACUCGAACUAUCUACCAGUUUCAUUACAAGAACUGGCCUGACCACGACGUGCCUGCCUCUAUAGACCCUAUCCUUGAGCUCAUCUGGGACGUGCGGUGUCACCAGGAAGAUGACAGGGUUCCCAUAUGCAUCCACUGCAGUGCCGGCUGUGGCAGAACUGGUGUUCUCUGUGCUAUCGAUUAUACGUGGAUGCUGCUAAAAGAUGGGAUAAUCCCCUCGAACUUCAGUGUUUUCAAUUUGAUUCGGGAAAUGCGAACACAGAGGCCUUCGUUAGUUCAAACUCAGGAACAGUAUGAACUGGUCUACAAAGCCGUCAUAGAACUAUUUAAGAGGCAUAUGGAGGUCAUCAGAGAUAGAUACUCUGGAACAGAGAUGCAAGCGAAGUAUCCGGUUCCUGAGCAAAAUCCCGAUCUGGAAGCAAACGCCUAUUCUCCUAAUUUACCAAGAAGAGAAGCAAAAGCGAUGAACCGCCCGAGCCAACAGAGGACUCCGGUGAGAAAUGCAGAAGCCUCUUCCUUUGGGCCCAGGACUUGGGAAACCAGCGGACAGGGCAGGUUCGCCCUGCACCCUGCCAACCAGAACCGUUCGCUUGAGUUUCUGGAGCUGAAUUACGGCUGUGACAGAAAUGCUGGCGCAGCCAUGACCUGGGAGACGGGGGCAUUGCCAGCGGCGGGGGAGCCCCUGCAGAAGUGCCCGAGCCUGGACCUGAGCUGGGCCCUGCGGGGAGCGGGCCCCGGCUCCGAGCCUGCGGCGGCCGCAGGAAGGCCCUUCGGCGCCAAGGGGCCCAUCACGCGGACCAAGUCCACCCCCUUCGAGCUGACCCAGCAGACGGACCCCGGCGAGCUGGGCGUCAAGGAAGACUUUCCCCGUCUGGCCUCCCUGCCCUGCAGCUCCCGCCUGCGGCCGGCCCGGAAGGCCCUGCACGUUUCCUCGGCGGAACUGAACCGCUCGCUGUCCCCGGACCCGGACCCCGGGCCCCGUGGGUGCCAGGCCCCGGGCGCCAGGGCCCUCCCCGCCCGCUCCCACGGGCCUUCGGCAGAUGCUCCUCAUUCCCCAUCGUCUCCCAGAAGCGCCGGCUCGAAGAUGUCUCUGGAUUUCCCCGAGGAGCAAGCUAGAACCCUGUUACCUUCCACGUCGCUGCCCACAGCCUCUGCAGCCCCGUUUUCUUAUUAUGACCCGGAUGAUUCUCCGGCACCGAGCCUGCCAACCCAUUUCCCCUCCACGCUGAACCGAGAGAUAGCCGACGGUGCAACUUCUCCAAGAAUAGACGAUGAAAGCCCCCCUCCACUUCCCGAGCGGACCCCUGAGUCUUUCAUUGUGGUAGAGGAAGCUGGUGAGUACAUCCCGCUGCGUGUGCCCCAAUCCUUAUCUUCCGCUGUGAUGUCAGACAUUGGAACAUCUCCAGAAUGCAGUGGAACAUCUGAAUCCAGCAAACCUGAUGACUCGGUGAGACUUAGACAAAUCAAGUGUGUGAAACUCCAGAGUUGCAUAUCAGAUGGGCCCGCAGACCGCGGUUCGCCGCCCCCGCCGCUCCCGGAGAGGACGCGGGAGUCCCUCUUCCUGGCCGACGAGGACGAUAUGGAGGCUGAAUCCAUAGAGGUCAGCUGUCCCAACACCGGGGAAAAGUCAACAUCUUCCAAACACACACUGAAGACUGGCAGAUGUUUCACGAGGAGCAAGAGUUUGAAAAUUUUGCGGAACAUGAAAAAGAGUCUCUGUAAUUCUUCCUCACCAAACAAGCCUGCAGACUCUGUUCAGUCAAGUAACUCCAGUUCCUUACUAAAUUUUGGUUUUGCAAAUCGUUUUUCAAAACCCAAAGGACCAAGGAACCCACCAUCAAGUUGGAAUGUUUAACAGAACUGUGGACUACAGGCUGAGAAAAAUUACCAGAACAUCGCUCGUUAAACGAAGCGCUCUGUAUGCGCAAUGUCAACAGUGUAGAUGUGUAAUGUGGGAACAGCUCUUAAGAAAAGCAAUGCACAAAUAGUGUCAAAAGUUUUACAUUUAAUCUCAUUUGCCUUGGGUUGGAAACAGGAGAGAAAGUUUGCCACUUCAGCUUCUGGAGAGAAUGCCAUAGGAGAAAGAGUGUGGGAAUGGAUUUUUUCAUUUUUGAAAGUUAUUUAUAUUUGACUUUACUUUUUACAUAAAUAUAAACUUGAAAGGAUUGGUAAGAAUUGGAUCUCAAUUAAAUGUCUACAUUGCCAGAAUUUACUAUAAAAAUGUUUUUUUAAAACCUUAUCUUGUGAAAUACAAAAUUGCUGCUUAUGAUAAUGACUGUCCCCUGGGAGUUAUUUUUGCCUAAGUGGAGUAUAACUUGAACAUCUUCCCAAAUGUUGUGGGAAACUAGAAUAGUAAGAAGUUAUAUUUAAGAGAAUAAAAUAUGUAAAAAAAAUGACUGUAAUCUUUUUAUUUGUAUAUAUCAACUAACCAGAUGUUCAAUUACAUCCUUGAUAAGUUUUAACCGGUUACCCAAUCCCCAAAUCUAGAAUGAUUAACAAAAUAGCUAUCUUUUGGUAGCAUUUUCAUUUCACAGGUUCUGUGUAAACAUGUGCAACUUACAGCCAAUCAGAAGCGCGACUAAAGUUUGUGGUGGUUUUUUUUUUUUCCUAAAUGAAUAUGGAUCUUACAUAUUUUAAGAAUAUCGUCUGAUCUUUCCAUUCUAAUUUUAUGUAACAACUACGUAAUUAUCACAAAGGAUUCUCCAGAGUUCUCCGAAAUGAUUUAACUGCUU